UGAAUAAGACUCUCACCCUGCCGGUGAUAUACAGCAAGCUGCAGACUUCUGGGGAGGCGGCGAUAACACGCUGCAUGUAGGGCACAGUCUCCCAGUUCUGAAAAAGUCACAGCCUCAUGGGUUUGAUAAUUGUACUUGUAAAGCGAUCAUUGGAAACUCAGCAACCAACAUAACAGGAAGUGCAGAUAUUUUUCUUUUCAGUAUGGAUUGCACCCACGAUUGCACGACACAUACAGCAGCUCUGUCUCUGGGCUUCCAAAGUUCAGGAAGAAUGUCUGAGAAAAACAGCCAGGUUCUUCAGACAUGAACUCAUAGAAAGGGUUCCACCUUAUUAUUCAUCAUAUCCAAGGAUGUCAUAUGCAACUUCAUGGGUCAGCUCCUUAAAUUACCUUAUUUUUGGAUCCAAAUGAUAUAUCUGCUUCUGGCUUAUAAUUAUACAGUGUUGCAAAUGGUUACUACAUCGGAGGCAGUUCGUGUUAAGGCAAUUUUGGAUAAUAUUAACCACAUUAAGAAGAUAUUUGUGGAGUUUAAUCAUGCCAAUUAUGAGCCCUCAUCCCUAACUCUUUAUACAGCACAGGAGAAUGACAUCAGAGAUGCUUGCUAUAAUGUUAUCUUGCAUUGUUACUUUCUUGAGAUGCGCACUGUUGUAGAAGAGCUAACUAUUUUGAAAGCUGAAGAUACAGGAGAACUAAAGCUUUUACACUUACUGGAAAAUCUCAACAUCUCACCCACAGUCACGCAAUGGGGUGACUGUAAAAGAUGUGAAGAGUUUCAAGAAAAAGAUUUACCAGUCUUUAUAGAGGCAUUUAUAGAGUUUAUCCAAAUGAAAUACUCAGAUGGUCCUUAGAUGUUUCACUUAUAUGAUUGGGCUCUUUUAACAUAAGUAAGCUAAACCUAUACUCACAUAUGAAUGGGCAUACCCAACGUUUCCUUGGAAAACUGGAAUGUCUUACUAGACUGUAAGGCCUAAUGAGCAAAGAUUGGUCUUCCAUUUUUAACCAGUUUGCAUUCACAUUCCAUUGUUCGUAUUUUCAAGUUUUGCACAGCUCUAUGGGAAAUUCUUUGCACUUUACAAAUAAUAAUUGUUUUCCUAAAGCUGAACAAUUAAAAUGGAGAACCCACUGCAGAUAUUAAUAUGCUAUGCAGCACGGCAAGCAGGAGUUUGCCAGAAGACAAACCCGACUCAAACAGGAGAGGCGUAAUUGAUAAUGGAUAAUAUGGCACACAGUCCUUUUUCCAACAGCCUAUGUGACCAAUAUCCUCGGUCAUUGCUGUAAGGUAUAGAAAAUAAUUUGCUCUACCAACCAGGAAUACUGGCAUUGAUAAUUUGACUUUUAAAAGUUCCUUUUUCGUAUUGGUUGCAGUAAACAUAUUUUUCUAUUUUGAUUGUUUGAUAAAAAUACUACAAUUAAAUACUGAUAUUUUAUAAUCAA